AUGAAGGCGAUGCUAAAGGAAAGGCUGGGGAUGAAGAUGAAGGCGAUGAUAAAAAUGAACAUAGUGUUGGAAGUUAUCUUUUUGGUCCAGAUUUUGAUGAGUUUUUGUCAGGUAUACUCAAAAUGUAAUAAUAAUAUAUCACAUGUUCUGAAUUAUCCCUUAAAAUUUCUAUAUAUAGAAAUGGAGCAUUUACCUUUUGAUAUUCAAAAAGUGUUCAUAAAGAAAAUCAUUAACCAUUCAAUAUUUUUUACUCACCUAUGUAACAUAAAUAAAAUAAAGCAUGGGUAUAAAAUUUUGUACAUUAAUUUUACGUGUGCCCGAAGGAACAAAAAAAGGAGUUCCCUAAAAUAUCGACCACCGAUAAUUUUCAUUCUGAACACAGUGCUUAAAUGA